CUGUAGUUUUCUUCCUAGGCACUUUAAAACUUUUGUGAGUAUCAGGAAACCUUUUUCUUUCCCAUUGGGUCAAAACAAAAACAAAACAAAAGAACAGGCGUCAUGCCUUCCGUCGUCGUUCUCAAGCACUAGCUCAGAUUUCUCUAUAAUAAUAGCUACCAUUUCUGGUCUUUAGAGAACAUCAACAAUACUAUGGAUUCACAGUCACCACAUGGUACUAUUAUCUUCUCCACGGUUGGCAGAACCAAUUACGGCUUCGAUAUAUUUUCCCUCAAUUCUCCCUUUUCUUUCCUCAAUUCUCCUCCUUCCCAUAGUUCCCAAUAUCCCACCGAGCACCGCCUUACUGACGGUACCUCCCUUAAUUUCAACGGCCAGUUCAUUGACGAAGAUCAGACACUCGUCUUCGUCUCCGAGAGAUCAGGUGCUCCUCGCAUUUACUUGCAACGUCCCUCCGAAGUACAAAUCGAACAACUUCCUGCUUCCCCUGAUAGCCUAUUUCUUGACCGUCCAUUUCUUCGAAAUAAUCGCCUCUAUUAUAUCUCUGCUCACCAGCCGCCCCAGCAAAUUUUCACCAGCUGGUCCGCUCUUUAUUCCACUACUCUCGACGACGGUAAGAUCAUCCGCUUGACUCCGUACGGCUUCGUUGAUUACAGUCCGGCUAUUUCGCAGUCUGGACACCUCAUCGCGGUUGCAUCCUAUGGAGACCGCCGUUGGUCUGGCGAAUUCCAUGAUCUGAGAACGGAUAUUGUUGUUUUCCCUGAAUCCGACCCUGACAAGCGGACAGUCGUGUGCCAACACGGUGGCUGGCCAACUUGGUCGGGCAAUUCGACCAUCUAUUUUCACCGCCAAGCUGAUGAUGGUUGGUGGAGCAUUUUUAGAGUCAAUUUGCCCGAGGAUUCCUCCAAUUUGGGUGCUGAUCCGGUUCGAGUCACUCCUCCUGGUGUGCACUGCUUUACUCCUGCAGCAGCCUCACACAACUCAAGAACAAUGAUUGCUAUUGCUACCAGAAGACCGGGGAAGAGCUGUCGCCACAUCGAGAUUUUCGAUGUGGAAUCGCACAAGUUCUAUCCGGUGACCGAGUUGCUUAACCCUACCACCCACCAUUAUAAUCCGUUCUUCUCUCCUAAGUCUACGUUUCUCAAUUAUCACAGAUUCCGGGGCGAAACAUCAUUAGGAGACACAACAAUUCCUAAUUUGGACCCUGUAAAUUCUCCAGAGAAAGGACUGACAAUGGUGAGACUUAAUGGAUCAUUCCCUUCCUUCUCUCCCUCGGGUGACUUUGUUGCAUUCAACCCGGAUUUCGCAGGCCUUAAAAUCGUCAAAUCAGAUGGUUCCAAGAAGUGGACAUUGUUCAAAGGUCGUACAGCUUUCGGCAACUCCUGGUCUCCAGCUGAACCAAAUGUGAUUUUUACAUCAGUCGGACCUGUAUUUGACUCUGUAAAAGCAACAGUGCAAAUCGCACGAGUUUCAUUCAACUCAUUAAGCCUUAAUAACGACGACUGCGGGGAAAUUCCAGUAGAAACAAAAGUUCUCACAGAAGAGGAGACUGGAAAUAAUGCCUUCCCUUCGUGCUCGCCGGAUGGGAAGCAUGUCGUAUUCCGUUCAGGCCGUUCGGGGCACAAAAAUCUGUAUAUUAUGGACGCUGUUAAGGGAGAGCUGGAGGGGGGAGAAAUCCGUCAGCUAACAGGGGGACCAUGGAUUGAUACAAUGCCAAGCUGGUCACCCGACGGAAAGCUGAUUGCAUUUUCUUCCAACAGGCACAAUCCGGAUAACAUCAAUUGCUUCAGCAUCUACGUCAUUCAUCCGGACGGCACAGGUCUCCAGAGGAUCCACGUGGCAGGGCCGGAAGGAUCUGAAGAAGUGGAUAAGGAGAGACUAAAUCAUGUAUGCUUUAGUAAGGACUGCGAGUGGCUCCUAUUCACGGGCAAUUUGAGCGGAGUGACAGCUGAACCGGUGUCGGUGCCGAACCAGUUCCAGCCGUACGGUGACUUAUAUUUGGUGAAGUUGGAUGGGAGUGGAUUACGACGAGUGACGUGUAACGGAUAUGAGAAUGGAGCUCCGGCGUGGCAUCCCUUUGUUGUGCCUAUGACUAUGGGGGACUCAGAACGGAGCGUACUAGUAGGAGACAAGUUAAUGGGUGAAUUUGAUGAUGUACUAUGGAUGAAUUGUUGACAUAGAUACAAAUAAAAUCUAGUUUAGCCGUCCCCUAUGUCUUUUGCUGCUCGCUCAUGAGUUCAGAUAUCAUGUUGUAUGGGCUGUAGGAUGGAAUAAACAUUAAAUGCAAGCUUUGUAAUAAUAAUAAAGACUAAAGAUUUUGAGGUA